CUCUAUGAAUUCUCGGAGCAGGUCCCACUGAAUCGAUUCUUUUACUUACUGACUCCUUCAGAACGAGUUCAAACCUAUCUAUUCAUCAGGAUUUCAACAGUGGCACACGAGACUGACGGAGGAUGUGUCCGAGACGUGCGUCAUCCAGGGAAGAAAUGAACCCAUCAGAGUCUGUAAAACAAAGGCCAGGCAGGUCUCACCAAUCUGUUGUCAGCAUGCAGGCCAUUCACAAAUCCACAAUGGAGAAACAGGCCAGAUACAGACAGGAGAGGAAGGCUAGUCUGAUGCCAGCACACCACUACAUAUUUGAAGUCCUGGCUGUUGUGCUUGGCCUGGAAGUUUCGGCGGUUGAAGAUUUAAUUCUUGAUGCCCCAUCACAUAAUGCCAAGAAAAGAAAGGCUACAAAAGCAGAAAGAAAAUGAACUACAGCAAGCUUUUAUCCUGGAGUACACCAUCUACCAGUAAAGCAAAUGAGGGAGAUGUAUCAGUUUCAGUUGUUUGGUUAUUAAGAAGAGCCACAAUAUGACCUUGUUUUUGCCUUUUUUUCAUUUAUUUAUGCAAUUUGAUAAUUUGAGUUAUUUGAUUAGAUGUGUAUUGAUUGUGUUAACAAAAAUAAAUAUGUAAGUUAAAUAUCCUAUUGUGUUUUUUUAUUUUUAUUUUUUUUAUUAAUAAUUUUGUCGAUGGGUGCCCUUUUUUUUGGCUUGAGCACCUGCCCCCAAAAAUGUCUGUGCACCUGCCUGGUUAUUGUGUUAUUGUCAUUAUUGUUAAUGUAAAUUCUGUUAAUUUUGUAAAUGCAAAUAUUGGUAUUUUGUAAAUUCUAGUCUUCUUUAAAUGUAUUGCUUAUAA